AUGUCAAACGCGAUAGAGGAUCCCCGGGUCAGGGCGGCCAUUGAGCACUACCUGUUAGAUCUGGAGAACACCCAGCCGAAGAAUACGAAGCGAAAUUAUCGUCCCAAGCAGGAAGAAUGGAAGGAGUGGUGUCAAGCCAACUGGCCUGCGAUCCCGGACGUUUGGCCGGCCUCGGUACCACAGGGCCAACAGCUACCGGGAGACCUGGUCGAUGAAGGAAAGCUCUUGCUCUUCAUGAAGGAGGUAGUGGCAUCACGUCCUCCAAAGAAAGGAAAGAGGGUCGCCGAUGAAAGAAAACGACACCUCGAGGCUCAGGAAGCCAAGAGGGCCGUGAAAAGACGCAGAGCACCAUCAGAUACCAUCGUUGUAGGCGGCGGAGGUAGCGAAUACGAGUCAGACUCCGACUUGGAGUUGUAUGAGUCCACGCUCAAACUACAGUAUAAUACUGUACGGGGCUACGUCUCGGCCAUACAGAAGCUUUACGACGAGCAGAAGAGCCGGGAGUCAAUCCUGCGGCCCGGCCACAGGAGUGGCACUGAAGGCGCUCAAACGCAGCAUUCUUGCAACGACUUGGAGCCGGAAGAGGAAGGAAUACAUGGACAGGGAGUUGGAACUCUGAGAGAUGUGUAUGCGCCGGCGCAGAUACCCGACCACACCAACGUGGCAUGGUCCGAGAGAGAGAUCGCCUGCGCCCUGAGGACGCAGGUGGACUUUCUGCUCGGGAACCACAUGCUGCUGCGGUCCGGCAACCGCCUGCCGAUGGAAAAAGGCGGAAAGGUUUCCGUCUUCCAAAGAAGCGAAGACUGGUAUGAAACGAAGGUGCUCCGCCGAUCGGCGAAGGAGCCUCAAGCUCCGUUGUCGGGCCAGACUGCCCGAGAAUGGACGUCCAGGUUCUACAAGAAGGCCGGCAUCAAGGUCUCCAAGGUCAGCCACGCGCCUAGAGUGGCGGCGACGCAAAACGCCGACAUGGCCGGAGUGGAUGAAGGCCAGAUCCGCCGAGCCGGUCGUUGGAAUAACGGAGACCAAAUGACCGGCUGCUAUCUGACUUCCCUGCCUUUCGAAUUCAUGAGGGCCGUGGCCGACUUUGACCCUGAAUGGUCGGGGUCUUAUUUCGUGCCCCGGGCCACCGUGAGGCCGCCUGUGGUGCUACUCGUGCAGGUCUGGCCUCAACUCGACAAAUGGAAAGAGGCCCACAGUAGCCCUUUCUCAGAUCUGGGGGUGGAGCAGAACAUGGCCGCCGGCGCCUUCUUGGAACUCCUGGAGUGGCUUCGAGAGGUGCUCCUGCAGGACGCUGUCUUCCUUCGCGAGUCCUACCCCGACCAUCCUAUCUUUCAGGAUCCGGUCUUCUCUUGCCCCGAGUUUGAAGCGUUCGCCAGCAAAGUUCAAGACACAUGCACACGGGACCACGAAGACAGCCAUACCACGGUCAUUCAAAAGCGAUGCCGGUGGUUGCGGAGAAGCUGCGCACAUUGGAUGAGUUUGCGCAGGCCACCUACACCGUCACCUUCAGCCCCGGCCAAGGUGCUGCAGGUCAACAUGCGGAGAUCGCGGGAGCUCAUCAACAGAGGCGCCGCGCUCCACGAGAGACGGUCCUCAGGUCCGAGAUAG